AUGCCCGCGUCUGUAAAUUUUGACGAGGAGUCGGUUGCUGCUACCUCUCAGGGAUCGGCAGAAACCGAACACACGGGUGUGAGCUUUGCUAGCAGCCUGGAGCACACGGGCGACACACGCAGCGGCGGCUUGAAGAAGGCCCAUUCCUACCUCUCGCAGUGUACAACUCACUUGAGCCACGAGGGCUCCAGCGCAGCUUCAGUUUCGGACCUCAACGUCAUCAAGCCCGAUGUUGAGAAUGCUCUUGGGGUGGAGCCCUGUGAGGAAGUGAGCAUCUGGACCUGGCGCAGCAUCGGCAUCGUCUUUAACGGCUUCCUUCUGGCCUUCUUGAGUGCAACAUGCACGGGGGUUACCUAUGGCUUCUUCCUAGGCUACAUGGGCUUGGACUCCUAUGUGAUGUCUUCCAUUACGGCACUUAUGAAGCUCCCAGACGUGUUCCUUCUCCCCUAUGGCGUGAUCUCCGACUGCUUCCCCAUCCGCGGACAAAAGAGGAAGCCAUGGCUUCUGGUGUCUUGGGCGAUCUCGGCUCUGGCGCUGCUUGCCCUGAGCCUGAAGCCCCAGCCCGCUCCCUUCUACUGCCAGUACGAGACCGGCGAUUACAACUGGGACGUGCCUCCAUGCAACCCUGGAAUUCACAAGGAGAAGAAUUGGUACAUCUUCCCCAUGUUCAUCCUCACAGCAGGUCUCCAGAUGGGAAGUGUCAAUGGCCAGGCCCUCCUCUUGGAGUACUCCCAGCGUGAGCCCAUGGAGCGCCGCGGGAAGAUCAAGGCCGAGAUGACGAUGGUCUGCACGGCCGGUGCGUUGGCCUCCUCUGCAGUCAUUGGCAUCUUCAUGAAUGGCAAGGCCUACCUGGGUACCUUCGACUGGGGCCUGUCCUUCAGCGGCCUGAUGACGGUUUGCUUGGUGCUGGUCCUCUGCAUCAUCCCCGUGACAGUCCUGUGCAUCCACGAGCCCCAGAAGUUUGGCCAGCGCACUUCGUGCCGCGCCCACGUCAAGGGCUCCUGGGAUCUCGUUCAGACCAAGGCUCUCUCCUCGCUUCUCUUCUUCGCUUUCUUCGUCCAGUUUCUGGUCUCCUUGACGACGACUGCCGGUCCCAUGGUCAGGAGCCAGUGGGCGCACGUGAAAGUUCUGCAGCAGCAGAUGUUCGGAAUGGCUGGCAUGGGCGUCAUGAUGGCGGCGACCUGGGUCUACAAGACGUCCUUUCUUCAGCUGAGCUGGAGGAGAGCUAUCCUCAUUGCCAUCGUUUCAGUGAACGUGCUCGAUGCGGUCCCGCAGUUUCUCGCGACCUUUGGUGUGGUGCGGAACCAGUACUUCUACCUUGGGGAAGAUGUCGUCAGCUCCAUUCCGAAUGCCAUGUUGCAGUUGGUCUCGAACCUGAUGAUCAUCGAACUCGCCGAGCCGGGCCGGGAGGGUCUUUGCUACGGUCUCAUUGGCACAUUCCAACAAUCGGCCUUGCCUUUUGCCACAGUGAUCAGCAACCAGGUCUACGGGCUCUUCAACCCGAAGCUCUCAAGCCUUGAGAACUACAUCUUGGACACUCCCCAGUUUCGAUCCACCGUGGCGUGGUCCUAUGUGCUGACCUACAGCACCUCCUUCCUUGCCUUGGCGUUGCUUCCGAUGAUCCCAUGGCAAAAGGCUGAGGCCCAGAGGCGGAAGAAGGAGUGGAGCUCCAACUCCGUCAUGGCUGCUUUAGUUCUUCUGAUCCCGGCCAUGUGCUUGGUUUACGGAAUCUUCGUCUUGCUGCUGACGAGCCAGCCAGAGACAGCUUGCCUCCGAUGGGUGGGUGGGCAGGGCUGCGAGAUGCAGGGCUGA